AUGCGUCAUAUGCUGUUUCCAGGUGUAACUGUAUGUAGUGCGAAUCCAUAUAGAGAAGAUCGUGUGAAAGAAGCAAUAGAUGUGUAUGCACGUAGCCAUUCGAGCGAUGCAAAUGAAACAGAUCGUGAGACAUUAUUUGUGUUUAUGCUUAUUGAUCUAUUCAAUAGAAACGAAUCAGAUGAACUGGUUCAUCUCGGAUUUCAAAAGUCGGAUAUGUUACUUGAAUGUUCGUACAAUGGUAUUAGCUGUUCAUCGAAUUUCAUCCAUUCCUUAUCGUUAGUCUUUGGGAAUUGCUUUACAUUCAAUUGGAAAGACUCUUCUCAUAAAUUAUAUUCAUUGGCUGAACUUGGCUCAACAUUAAUGCCAUACAAAGGUUUGUCAAUGGCUUUUUACGUACCGAGUCAUCUAAACUAUCCACUAAAUGACUCCGAGGAUGGUCUUAUUCUAUUUUUGCAUGAUAAUAAUGCAAUUCCGUUCUUUGCUAAAAAUACUGAAAGAUUACGACCUGGUCUCGCUCACACAAUAGCAUAUCGAAAAAGCCAAACAAUAUUUCUUCCUAAGCCUUACACAAAUUGUACAACAAUCGCGACGGGCGUCUACUCGCGAAUACAUGCAUUGAAAGCACGACAAGAUCUAGCUGUAAACGAAACCCUCAUGGCUGUUUGGUGUUCUCGAUGUGUUCCACAAUGUGUACACACGCAUUUUUCUAUUGAUGUUAGUGCCUUGUCAGCACCAAAUGUAAAACAAAAAGAAUACUGGUCGAAACGUUUGCUAAGAAAUGACUUGAAUAUUUCUCUGCCAAAUGAUUUCGCUGUGAAUCAUAAUAAAUACGUAGACUCUAAUUAUUUACGAGUGACUGUAACAUGUGGUAGUGCAUAUGUAACGGUACAUAAACAAGCAGCGAAAAUAACGCUUAUCCACGCAUUUUCAGCCGUCGGAGGUCAAACUGGAUUGUAA